AUGGCAGCAGACAGUUCAAGAUCAAAGGCCACCGUGUUCGUAGGUGGCCUCGACCAUGCCGUGACGCAGCAAACUCUAUAUCACGCCUUCCUGCCGUUUGGCGACAUCGUAGAAGUCAACCUACCAAAACCGGAGGCGCCAUCCUCGAGCGAUCCACACCGAGGAUUCGGCUACGUUGAGUUCGAAUCAGCGGGGGAUGCAGUGGACGCUAUCGACAAUAUGGACAGGAGCGAGCUUUAUGGUCAGGUUAUAAAGGUUGCAGCCGCUAAGCCCCAGAAAGAUGCAAGUGAAGGUUUGGGUAGCAAGACAGCCAUUUGGGAGCAGGAGGGCUGGAUAGCAAAACAUGCUGUGAGCGAAGAAGAUCGCCAAGCGGCUCAGCAGGCGCCAGAUGCUUCAGAAGAUGGUCCGAUGGAUCCCAUGCAAGGACUCGAGGGACUCGACGAGGCCGGUCCAAAGCCAGCUUAA